UUUUUUAGCUUUUAUAUUAAGGUUUUUGCGAUUCGUUGAAGCGAGAAUGGAUGUGACAGAGAAGUUUUUAAAGCUGUUUUUAGGGGGGUAAAUGAGAGGAAACGAAUGCCUAAUGAGUAAAGGAAGGGGGAGAAGAAGUCCUUUCGAUGAUGUGAAUGUGGCAUAUAAGGAAGGAAAAUGGAAUGUGAGGAUUGCUGCCGUGUUUUCGUUCGAAGAGGCGCUAGUUGCGCCUGUUGGGCUUCUCGACAUUAUAAUGGGUGAAAUAAAAGUUCGAUAAAG